UCUGAAUUCACCUAUAAGAAUUUGCUGGACUUGAAUGACAGCAGAAAAGCGUACCAGAGCCCGUUGGCUGUUAUUUGCCACAUAGAUCUUAACGCGUUCUUUGCUCAAUGUGAACAGUUGAGGUUGGGACUUUCUGAACAGGACCCUGUCGUUUGUGUGCAAUGGAAUACUUUGAUUGCUGUUUCAUAUGCUGCUCGUGAUUAUGGAAUAACGAGGAUGGACAGACUUGAACAGGCAAAACAGAAAUGCCCAAACCUUAUACCUGCCCACACUGCAGUUUUCAAAAAGGGCGAACCUUUUUGGAAGUAUGUUGACCACAUGCCCUCUCCAGCUACCCAUAAGGUAUCACUUGAUCCUUACCGUCGAGAGGGAAAAAAGGUUUUGAAUAUCUUCAGAAGUGAGUGUGACCUGGUGGAAAAGGCAAGUGUCGAUGAGAGUUUCAUGGAUCUAGGAAGGCUAGUAUUCAGGCGAAUACUCACCUUGUUUCCGAAUAUACUGGAAGGAAUGACAAGCAAAUCGGACACAUUGAAGCCAAUUGAUCAUUUACCGCAGGGUAUUGACUUUAAGGGAUAUAUCAUAGCGAAAAAGGAUGAUGCUGAGAAUGAGUCGGCGAUAGCAGAUGAAGACAGUUCCUUCCUAGUCGAAGAUUGGGACGAUCUUGUGAUCUUGGUGGGUUCGAUGAUUUGCUACGAAUUGAGAAAGAAAGUUGAGGAACAACUUGGGUAUAAGACUUCGGGUGGAGUGGGAAAAGUGAAGACGAUUGCGAAGCUUGCUAGUGGGUUCAAAAAGCCGGAUCAACAGACGAUAGUACGAAAUGACUCCGUUCCAGGUUUUUUAAAAUAUUUCAGGUUGACUGACUUCUGGUCUAUGGGUGGCAAAACUGGUAGUUAUGUGAAGGAAACGCUUGGCGAGGAUAUUUCAAUAAGCUCGAUAAGGGAUCAAUAUUCAUCACCUACCGAAUUAGCUCAGGCCUUGGAUAAAAACUAUGAUCUUGCAUCUAAAAUUUUCCUAAUGAUUCGAGGAGAAUAUGCUCUUCCGUUAGAAGAAAGAGAGCUGCUGAAGUCCAUGGCAGCAAAUAAAAACUUCAGACAAUCAAUUUACAAGAAGGCAGAUCUAAUACCUUGGAUUAAUGUUUUUAUCGGGGAGUUGAUUCUUCGAAUUCAAGAUUUGGAUGACGAAUAUAACACAAUUUCAAGGCCGACGAAAAUGACCUUAUCCGUUUUAGGCAGCUCGGGGACACGACAUUCCAAGCAAUGCACGUUG